AUGUCUGCUAUUGCUAGUGGAAAAAUGAGUCGAAAGGCUGCAAAGAGAUACAUCAAGAGAGCUUCUAAAAAGAUUCUCAAAAUUAAGAGACAAACAAAGAAAUCAAUUGACCAUAAAAUGUAUAAGAAGAAUCAAAUCCUUAAAUACAAAGUUAAAGAACUUAAACGUGGAUUAGACUCAGCUAGACGUGACCUUAAACAAGCAAAGAGAGUAGCUAAUAAAGCAAAUAAAGAACUUGCCGCAACUAAGAAGAACGUUGUUUUAUGUAAGAAAAUGACUGUUAAGAAGAUUCAACAAGCUAUAAAGAAGACUAAAGAACAAUUAGCUGCAAGAAAAGUUGCUAAAAAAGCUGCUAAGAAGAUGGUAAAAAAAUUAAAUGGAAGUAAAUGUCAAAAAAAAGAAAUGAAAAUUCUUGUUAAGGCUAUGGCUAAAAAACUCAAUAAGAAAGAUAUGAAAAAGAUGGUUAAUAAAAUGACUAAAGUUAUUGCUAAAAACAAUAAAAAAAUUAAUGUUACCAAAAAGAUUGCUGCUAAAAAGAUUGUCAGAUUUGGAAAUCAAAACUCUGUUCUUGUUAGUAGAAUAGUUCGUAAUGUUAUGAGAAAACUUAUGCUCAACUCAAGAAUUUAA